AAAAAAAAAUUUAAAACAAUUAAAAAAAAAUAAAAAAAUAUUUAAAAAAAUAAUUUAAAAAAAAAAAAAAAAAAAAGAAAUAAAAAUUGUAAAUUUGUAGAUAUUAUUAAUGAAGAUGAUUCAUCAAAUGUUCGUUCAUCAUAUCCAUAUAUAUCAAAUGGUCAAAUUAUUUUACCACGAAAAGCAGAUGAAUUAGUUGCUGUUGUUGAAAAAUUAAAUGAAUUAGCUCGAAAUGAUUCCGAUGUUGAUGAUCAAACUGAUAUUGAUGAUUCAUUAAAAGAAAUAAAUUGUACACAAGAUGAAUUUAUUAAUUUAAAUAAUCAAAAUAGAAUAUUACCAGAUAUAUUAUCAAAUCAACCAAUUCAUUUACUUGAUCAAACACAAUCACAUGAAUAUCGACAAGCUGUUUCAAAUAUUUGUCAACGAACAACAUCAAUUAUAUCUUCACCUAUUUUAAAUAUAAAUAAAGAUUCAAAUCAAAAUAAAAGAACUUCUCAAGUAUGUUAUUUUACAUAUUAAUUUUAUUUAUUUAAAU